AUGAUAAAUAUUAGUAGUAAACUUAAAGAUUUAAAGAUGUUUACUGUUAAUAAACCAAAGUUUAGAUUCAACUUGAUCCUUAUGGAUGAAGGUGAAUACUAUUUCGAUGAUUACAGUGCAUCCUAUUAUCCACCUGCCGAAACAGAUGAAGAGUCAUUUCAAAAAAAAGUAAAAGGUAGAAUUCUAGUUUGUUCAAAUUCGAUAUUCUUUGAACCCGAUGAUGUGAAACAACCUAUAUUGAAAUUUCCAUUCAAGGAGGUGACGAAUAUCGAUCAGUUGAUAUACCAAUUGAAUGUUGGUGCUCCAAGUGUUAUCGGUGGAUUAGGUGGUAGUGGUGGAUUCUCACAGCAACAACAACAACAACAGCGUUCAACACGCUCUAUCAAUCUGCCAACCAAUACACUGGCGUCACUUGCACGCACAGAGAUAUUCUUUAUACAAACGAAUCAGGUAGUCGAGAUGAAGGAGAACAACGUCAAUGCACCGUACAAGUUUAUCAAGGUGACACGCGCCAACUUUAGAUUCUCACUGAACUACGUCAACCUCGAUGCGAUACUGAUGAACAUGCGUGACUUGCUCACCUACUCGAAACAGGACCGACAGGAUCACGACCGUCUCAUCAAGUCGCUGAUAGAGGAGCGUGAGAAUCGGCUGCAACUCGAUUACUCGCUCCUCGUCGACAUGAACGAGCGGAACAUGCUCGAAAUGAAAUGUUGCAAGAUAUCGCCACUCGUCGAGAAUCCCGGAAGAUUCCUCGUCACAAACUCACGAAUCUACUUCCAACCGAUGAACAACAUCGAAGCUCAACGAAUCAACCACUUCAACCUCGAUUCAAUCAUCAAGAUACUCAAACGUAGACACUCACUCCGCGAAAUCGGUUUGGAAAUAUUCUUUGACGAUGAAUCAUCGCUAUUCUUUACAUUUAAAAAUAUGCAAUCUAGAAAUCAAGUUUAUAAUCUUUUGAAUAGUGAAUGUAAGAAUAUACCGCAUAACAAUGAGCAGAAGAACUAUUUGUUGCGUUGGCAAAAUGGAAUACUAUCAAACUAUGAGUAUCUUUUGUAUCUGAAUAAUUUGGCCGGUAGAACCUAUAAUGAUUUGACGCAGUAUCCAGUGUUUCCAUGGGUGAUUAGCGAUUAUACCAGUCAGACGCUGGACCUCGCCAACACGGCCAUCUAUCGUGAUCUCUCCAAGCCGAUUGGCGCGUUGAAUCCGACAAGACUCUCGAUGUUCCAGGAGCGAUACCACCAGAUUCCAGACCCACAACCCAAGUUCCUCUAUGGAACUCAUUAUUCGGCGCCAGCGUACGUUCUCUACUACCUGGUGCGUCAGGCGCCAGAGUAUAUGCUGCGACUUCAGAACGGACGAUUCGAUUCGCCGAACCGUAUGUUCCAUUCACUCGAGGAGACUUGGAACAGCGUCUACAACAGCACGAGCGACGUCAAGGAGCUGAUACCAGAGUUCUACGAGCCUGGCGACCGCGGCGAGUUCCUGCUAAAUCGCGAGUCUCUCGAGCUCGGAGUUCGCCAGGACGGAAAGGUGUUGGGCGACAUCAUCUUGCCGCCGUGGGCAAGCAGUCCCGAGCAAUUCAUCAUCACAAUGCGAGAGGCACUCGAAUCCGAGUACGUCUCACAGAAUCUACACAAUUGGAUCGAUUUGAUUUUCGGAUUCAAACAGCUCGGCGACGAAUCGGUCAAAGCCAACAAUGUAUUCUAUCAUCUGACGUACGAGGGCAGUGUCGAUAUCGAAUCGAUAACCGAUCCAUUCGAGCGACAAGGUCUGGAAGCGCAGAUCAACGAGUUUGGACAGACACCUCGCCAACUCUUCAAAACACCGCAUCCACAGCGACUCCCGCUCGCUCUGCGAAACCACAAUCUAUCUGCUUCUAGCACCAACGCUAUCAUCGACCAAGCGAAUCUCUCUUUCAAUGUAGACGACAGCGGUGGAUUCAACAGCAGCGGCAGCACCGCCAACAGUUUAGCAAUGAGCAGUAACAGUAAUUUCUCGACAUCCAGUAACAACAGUAAUUACAAUAGCGAUAAUAAUAUACCAGCAUUACAAAGAUCAAUGAGUGGACUCUCAUUUAACAAUAGCAAUAAUAACAGCAGCAACAUGAACAAAUCACAAUCCAAUUCAUCAACUACUUUAAGAAGUUGGGGAUCAAUUGCAAAUUUACAACUUAAAAAUUCAUUCAAAAAUCACAAAGACAAAGUAACAUCAUUGUAUUUAUCAGAAAAUUCCGAUAUUAUUUAUUCAGUUUCACAAGAUGCUUCAUUAAAAAUUUAUUCAUCAAAAGAAAAGAAACAAGUAAGAUCAUUAAAUCUAUGUGAACUUGCAUUAUCUUCAUGUCAACUUUCAGGUGAUGAAAAACAUAUUGUUAUAGGAUCAUGGGACAAUAAUAUAUAUAUUUAUUCAGUUGAUAAUGGAAGUAUUCAAGAGACAUUGUGUGCACAUGACGAUGCUAUUUCUUGUUUGAAAUUAAACAAUGAUGUGCUGGUUUCAGGUAGUUGGGAUUCGACGAUCAAGGUUUGGAAGGUGAUGCCUUCCUCCGUGGGAAUCAACAUUGGUAACAUCCCAAUUGCCGAUUUCAUCGAGUCGGAAUCUGAAAUUAGAUCGGUCGAUAUCAGUCCCAACGGUCUGAUGUGUAUAGCCGGAUCGGAAGACGGCACCCUUUUCACCUAUGAUCUCAGAUCGUUGUCUCUCAUCUCGAAACAGCGAAUCUACUCUGAUGCAAUCUCGUGCGUCAAGUUUACGCCCGACGGACUGCGAAUCAUUGCAUCGUCGACCGACGGCAGCAUAAAGAUGAUCGGUAUCGAAGGUUCCGAGAUCUUCAAUGGUUCAAUCGAUGACCAAAUCAACUGUUUCGAUACGGAUGGUAUCUCAAUGGUGGUUGGUUGUGAGAAUGGACUGCGUCUGUGGUCGUUGUCCAGUGGCAAUGAAAUCAAGGAUCUUUCUUCUGUCAACAGUGAUUCUGUCCAAUCGAUAAAUGUUUCUUUCAAUUCAAAUGGCAAGGUUACACUCUUAACAGGUGCAGGUAGUGGAACCAUUCAUUUGUGGGAAACAAACUAA